AUGGCUGUGGCGGCGGCGGUGACUCAGGCAAGCAGGAGGGAGCAGGCGAGCAAGGAGGAGCCAGCAGACACCAGAGCCGGCUCUGGCGCAGGCCCGGGUCAGGCGCUCGGCAGCCGCCGUGUGUUCAGGCGCCGCUCACUCACACCGACAUCCGCAGCAGCCACCGCUUCCUCCUCCCUGCCCCUUCCCCCACGUCCCUUCGCCGGCGCCGCGCGGAGCACGCCGGGUAACGCGCUUAGCGGCGUCGCCGAGUCAUCCCCUGCUGGCGCCGCUUUGAGCUCAGCCUACGUGCUUUUUCUUUUCCCGCUCCAUUGCCCAAAGUGCAGGCGAAGCCAGUGUGAAGGACUAAAAGCAAAAUGGGGCGGGAAAGGGACCAGUGGGCCCUGCGGCCGCGGAUGCGCCUGCGCGCUCGCUGUCCAGGUAGUCUCCCCACCUUACCUUAUGCGCGGCUGGGCCGUGUUCACCCCUCCGCGCUGUCACAAUCGCCUUGCCCUCCCUUGCGUGUCUACUCUGCGUUCCCCGCUGGGAGGAGGGUCUGGUGAUAAAAUAGCGGCGAGGUAUUUUGUUAUUUUAAUAUGCUUAGCGUUUGAUAUUUGGAGGGGUCGUAUUGCCCUAUGCGGGGGAGUUGGGACUAUGGAAAUGAUGUUAGACAAAAAGCAAAUUCGAGCAAUUUUCUUAUUCAAGUUCAAAAUGGGUCAUAAAGCAGCAGAGACAACUCACAACAUCAACAACACAUUUGGCUCAGGAACUGCUAAUGAACGCACAGUGCAGUGGUGGUUCAAGAAGUUUCGCAAAGGAGAAGAGAGCCUUGAAGAUGAGGAGCAUAGUGGCCGGCCAUCAGAAGUUGACAGUGACCGAUUGAGAGCAAUCAUCGAUGCUGAUCCUCUUAUAACUACACCUGAAGUUGCCGAAGAACUCAACAUUGACCAUUCCACAGUCGUUCGGCAUUUGAAGCAAAUUGGAAAGGUGAAAAAGCUUGGUAAGUGGGUGCCUCGUGAACUAAGCGAAAAACAAAAAAAUUGUCAUUCUGAAGUGUCAUCUUCUCUUAUUCUAUGCAACAACAGUGAACCAUUUCUCGAUCGGAUUGUGAUGUGCCACGAAAAGUGGAUUUUAUAUGACAGCCGGUGACAACCAGCUCAGUGGUUGGACCAGGAAGCUCCAAAGCAUUUCGCAAAGCCAAACUUGCACCAGAAUAAGGUCAUGGUCACUGUUUGGUGGUCUGCUGCUGGUCUGAUCCACUACAACUUUCUGAAUCCUGGCGAAACCCUUACAUCUGAGAAGUAUGCUCAGUAAAUCGAUGAGAUGCGCCAAAAACUGCAACGCCUGCCGCUGGCAUUGGUCAACAGAAAAGGCCCAAUUCUUCCCCACGACAGUGCCCAACCGCACAUUGCACAACCAGCACUUGGGAAGUUGAACGAAUUGGGCUACAAAGUUUUGCCUCAUCCUCCAUAUUCACCUGACCUUUCGCCAACCGACUACCACUUCUUCAAGCAUCUUGACAACUUUUUGCAGGGAAAAUGCUUCCACAACCAGCAGGAUGCAGAACAUGCUUUCCGAUAGUUCGUUGAAUCCCGAAGCAUGGAUUUUUAUGCUACAGGAAUAAACAAACUUAUUUCUCGUUGGCAAAAAUGUGUUGAUUGUAAUGGUUCCUAUUUUGAUUAAUAAAAUAUGUUUGAGCCUAGU